CAUGUGACUCCAAAAAGGAACUAGAGUGAGCAGUGUUUAGGUUGAUUUCCUGGGGUCACCUGAGGCUUGGAAGGCCAGGAACAGAAGAGGAGAAACAUAACCAUUGUUGAAAAACUUAUUACAGCAAUGCAGUGACGCGACAUUACAGAGAGGCCUAAACAAAGACAGCCUGAUUCUUAGCAUCUGUUUAAAGCAAAAAUGGGACCCAAUAUGUUCUGAGAACUUGUUCCUUCAUAUUUCUCUCAGAACUAUGCUCUCAAACAAAGGCCUUGCUCUCUAUUUAUUGAAACAGUAUAUCCAGCAUAAAAUGGGGAAGGAAAGUGGAAGAAUUUUCCCUUUCUGACCCCUUACUGACCUACAACAGAACAUACAGAUGUUAUCAACUUAAUCCCUCCUGUUGUUUGCAGUACAAGGGGGGCAAUCUACUGCUUUUGAUGAAUAUUCACUGCCUGCAGUAUUUGAUAGUCACAAUACACAUCACGCACAUACAUUAUUCUGGGUCAAAGGCAAGGAAAGGUCAGGAGGGCUGUAUAUUUAGGUUUCAAGAGGAGUCCAAAACCUAGUAAGCUUGUUUACAACAUAAACAAGCUGAGAUAACACUAAGUGAUCUUGAAGCAUAAAUUAACUUUUUGAUUACAAGAUUAAAGUUGUUCCCACACAACAAGUAAUUUCUUUUAGAUUUAUUUUUAUUUUUAAUUAUGCAUACGUAUGUGUGUCUCCACAGUGUGUGUGUAGGUGCCCAUUGAGGCCAGAAGAGGGUGUUGGAUCCCCUGGAGUUGGAGUUGGUGAGCCUGUUGGUAUAGGUUCUGGGAGCCAAAUUCAGAACGUCUGCAAGGGCUGUAAUCACUCUUAACCACAGAACUAUCUCUCUAGGCACCAGGAACAAGUAAUUUCAUCCAGAGGGGAGGGAGGACCUGUAGAACAGGGCAGGAACAAAGGAAGAGAGAUUGUCCACGAGGGCUCAGCCUUUCAAUGAAAGUGUUCAAAGUGUGUGGAACCAUUCCAAGUCAAGCCAGUACUCCUGUCGACUCCAAACUCACGUUCUGGUUAUUGAUGUAAUCUCUUUUAAGCCCAGGUACAAUGAAUGAGUGCCAUCCACAGGAUGAUUCAUUGAAUUUAGAUUCAGCACUCUGCUCCCCCUAGUCUGGUUGUUCAGACAGUGUUACGCAGAAGCCAUGGAUUCCACGAUUCCCAAGCACCUUGUUUUUCCACUCACAGGUCACUGGCCCUUUCUGGGUGCCCUACAGAUAAGCAGGACUGCCUGGCCCCUAGAAGCUCCCAGUCUAGUGGUGUAGGGAGUGAUGAUCCAAACUGAUCCCACCCCCCACCUCCCAGCAGAGAGGGUUACGAAAGUAGUGCAGAUUGAGGAGCACAGAAAGGGCCCUAAACUCUGUUUGGCUGGGCUGGGGGUGAGGGGUAGGUCCAGACUUAACAGAUUCCCUAAGAGGGGGCAGCGUCACUAACUCUAAAGACCAGCUAGAGGGCCCAGACUCGGGUUUCAGGUCCACCCCGGGGUUGGUCUGUCAUCUGUUGAAGGGCCUUGAAUGCUCAACCAAGUUUGGAGAAUGCUGGGUUUAAGAAACAGGUUUUAGGCUAUGUUCAUCCAGGUAAGCCAGUUUUGCACAUGUCUAAAGCAGUUCUUAGCCCACCCCAAAGAGCGACUGCACCACUCCUGCUGACAUCCAUGCCAAACGUUGAGGUCCAAGAGCACCCUCAGAGCCGCAGCAGCCUGACCCCACCCCUUUGCACCUGGGCCCGCCCCUGGUGGCGGAGACUUCCGGAUUUCGCUGUCGUCGCGGGCUCCGCCCAGGUCUGCUGGUCCCUGACAUCGCUUUCCAGGGCCGGCGAGAGCGCAGAGAGGCGCGGGCGAACGGCACAGAGCAGGAGCCGCGGGGCUCUGGGGUCCUGGCGCGCUGAGGACAGAUGUUCCCCGGCAGUGGAGAGCUCAUGCGUCAGUUCAGGUGAAGCUUCUGGAGAGCCGGAGGGCGACCCCGAGAUGGCCGCGGAGGAGCCGUGUGCCCCCGGAGCGUCCCGCGGCCCCUGCACGCAGGAGCGGCCCCCGCGCGGCGCCGAGCUGCGCCUGUCCGGCCAGCUACUGCCGGAGCUCUACGCCUUCGUGACGCGCGUGCUCUUCUACCUGGCGCCCGUGUACCUGGCCGGCUACCUGGGGUUCAGCAUCACCUGGCUGCUGCUCGGCGUCCUGCUUUGGAUGUGGUGGCGCAGGAACCGCCGCGGGAAGCUGGGGCGUCUGGAGGCCGCCUUCGAAUUCCUGGACCACGAGCGCGAGUUCAUCAGCCGCGAGCUGCGGGGCCGGCACCUGCCGGCCUGGAUCCAUUUUCCAGACGUGGAGCGUGUGGAGUGGGCCAACAAGAUCAUCACACAGAUCUGGCCCUACCUAAGCAUGAUCAUGGAGAACAAGAUCCGGGAAAAACUGGAGCCCAAAAUCCGGGAGAAGAGCGUCCACCUGAGGACCUUCACCUUCACCAAGCUCUACUUUGGACAGAAGUGCCCCAGGGUGAAUGGUGUCAAGGCACAUACUGACAAAUGCAACCGGAGGCAAGUGACCUUGGACCUACAGAUCUGCUACAUUGGGGAUUGUGAGAUCUGCAUGGAGCUGCAGAAGAUCCGUGCAGGUGUGAACGGCAUCCAGUUGCAGGGCACCCUGCGGAUCAUCCUGGAGCCCCUCCUGGUGGACAAGCCCUUUGUGGGAGCUGUGACCAUGUUCUUCCUUCAAAAGCCGCACCUGCAGAUUAACUGGACAGGUUUGACCAACCUGCUGGACAUGCCAGGCAUCAAUGAGGUAUCAGACAGCCUUCUGGAAGAUCUCAUUGCUGCCCAUCUGGUGCUACCCAACCGUGUGACUGUGCCUGUGAAGAAGGGACUAGAUGUGACCAACCUGCGCUUCCCUCUGCCCUGUGGGGUGAUCAGAGUUCACUUGCUGGAGGCUGAGAAGCUGGCCCAGAAGGACAACUUCCUGGGACUCGGAGGCAAGUCAGACCCCUAUGCCAAGGUGAGCAUCGGCUUACAGCACUUCCGGAGCAGAACCAUCUACAGGAACCUGAACCCCACCUGGAAUGAGGUAUAUGAGUUCAUGGUAUAUGAAGUGCCUGGGCAGGACCUGGAGGUGGACCUGUAUGAUGAGGAUACCGACAGGGAUGACUUCCUGGGCAGCCUGCAGAUCUGCCUCGGAGAUGUCAUGAAGAACAGAGUGGUGGAUGAGUGGUUUGUCCUGAAUGACACAACCAGUGGGAGGCUGCACUUGCGGCUGGAGUGGCUGUCACUGCUCACUGACCAGGAAGCACUGAUGGAGGAGCAUGGUGGCCUUUCCACUGCCAUCCUCGUGGUCUUCUUAGAAAAUGCCUGCAACCUGCCGAGAAACCCUUUUGACUACCUGAAUGGGGAAUAUCGAGCCAAAAAACUCUCCAGGUUUGCCAGAAAUAAGGCAAGCAGAGACCCAUCUUCCUAUGUCAAGCUAACUGUAGGCAAGAAGACCUUUACAAGUAAGACCUGUCCUCACAGCAAGGACCCUGUGUGGAGCCAGGUGUUCUCCUUCUUCGUGAACAGCGUGGCAUCUGAGAAGCUCUGCCUGAAGGUGCUGGAUGAUGACCAGGAGUGUGCUCUGGGAGUGCUGGAGUUCCCCCUGUGCCAGAUCCUCCCCUGUGCUGACCUUGCCCUCGAGCAGCGCUUCCAGCUGGACCACUCAGGCCUGGACAGCCUCAUCUCCAUGAGGCUGGUUCUGCGGUUCUUACGUGUGGAGGAACGAGAACUGGGAAGCCCUUACACAGGCCCUGAUGCUCUCAAGAAAGGCCCUCUGUUCAUCAAGAAGGUGGCCACCAACCAGGAUCCCAAAGCCCCACCCCAGGAAGACCUUGUAGAUUUGCCAUGUGCCCCAGGCCCUGCCUCUGACACCAAGGGAGCUGCCGUGAGCACAUACACCACCACCAGUGCCACCACCACAGCCACCAAGCCUGAGCCCCAAGAGACAGGCCCAGAGCCCAAAGGCAAGGACAGUGCCAAAGGGCUCUGUGAGCCCACAGGGAAGAAGAAGAACCCAGCCACCAUCUUCCUGACUGUCCCGGGCCCCCACUCUCCAGGGCCCAUCAAGUCACCCAGACCCAUGAAAGGCCCUGCCUCCCCAUUCGUAUGGCCGCCCACUGGGCUAGCUCCCAGCAUGUCCUCGCUCAACUCCCUGGUCUCUUCCUGCUUUGAUCUGACAGAUGUCAGCCUCAACACUGAAGGCGGGGAUUCCAGGCAGAGGCGGCUUGGCGAGAUUCAGCUCACAGUGCGCUAUGUGUGUCUGCGGCGCUGCCUCAGGGUGCUAAUCAACGGCUGCAGGAACCUGACACCAUGUACCAGCAGUGGGGCUGAUCCCUAUGUUCGUGUCUACCUGUUGCCAGAAAGGAGGUGGGCAAGUCGAAAGAAGACCUCAGUGAAGCGGAAGACCCUGGAGCCCCUGUUUGAUGAGACAUUUGAAUUUUUUGUUCCUAUGGAAGAAGUCCAGAAGAGGUCACUAGAUGUCGCAGUGAAAAACAGUAGGCCCCUCGGCUCUCACAGAAGAAAGGAAUUAGGAAAGGUACUGAUUGACUUAUCAAAAGAAGAUCUGAUUAAAGGCUUUUCACAAUGGUAUGAGCUGACUCCAGAUGGACAGCCAAGAAGCUGACAAGGAGCUGUUAUCACCAAUGUUAGUGUAUAUAUGUGUGUACUUUGUCAUUUAAAUCAGGACAGCCAUUUGAUGGACAUGUAUAUUGUAUGAACUCUAACCUCAUGACUAGAUAGUAUUAGAGGAAGGAUUAGUAAAAACAAGAACACUUUCAAUUUGUUCAAAUCAAGAAAGAAAUUGGGGUAUUUGUGUCUAGUAAGCCAUCAAAACCUCAGUAGUGAUUUUUUUUCACUUUGGGUAAGUAUUCACAUAUGAUUUGGGACUUGCCUGAAUGUAUGCACCAGAAAGUGUGACGUCCCCAACAUGGGGGUGGGGAGGUCUGUUACUGGAGCAGGUGCCAGCCUUCCUGGGCAGGUACAGAGCAAACUGAAAACUGCCCAGAGCUAGCACUGCCAAAGCCCUUCUGGCUGCCACCUGAUACUUAUAAGCAUAGAGAUUUGUUCUGAUUCUGACUUGGAGCUACAAUUAUUUUCCUAGUGACAACAACGUUAGAAUGAUGUACUUUAAAUAUUCUAGUGUGGGGACGCCUGGGGCCACCACUGGCAAGUGGCUUCAUUUCCAUAGGAAAGUUCAAGCCUAAGUCCAAACACCUCAGCAGAGUGUUGGAGGCCACACGAGUCACUGCCCAGGAGGAAAGGGGACUUUCUGUGUCUCUUAGAAAAGUUUGAGACUUUGUCUCACUUUUUAAAGAAAUGGCUGAUCUACACAAGUAAUAUGUUAAAAGCAAAAUAUGUAAAUUGUAUAUUUAAAUAAGUGCCUCUUAUACAUUUCAAACUUUUUUUUUUUUUUUUUGU